GUAGUGUUGGCGCCGCCGCGCACGACCUUUUUCAACAGCAGCUGCACACUAGAAAAGGGCAGCCUAGAGGUCUUAUUUACGUUUCUACUGUGAUUGACACGCGAACGCUCGCUCAUGGCGAGUACCUCCUCAACUCUCGAAAGCUUGGCAAAGUGGACGGCGUCAGAGAAGACUCGGCAGGAGCGUCUUUACGCCGUCACAGUGGCCGAAGAAUCUCUACUGUUACAUAUGCUGGAAGAAAGCAUGAUGCGCGAACGAUUAGAGCAGCGCUUCCGGCACGAACGCGCACUUAUAGAGCUGAACUUGGAAGAGUCUGCACCACAGCCGUUGCUUCGUGUUAGCCCUCAUCGAGACGCUCUGUCACGUCUGUGUCUCACAGCUUUAGACAAGGAUGAGCCGCUUCCGUUUGACAGUAUUGAUCGGUUGACGAAUGAAGAAGUUGAACAGAUCUGGCAGAAAGAGAAACGCAAGCUCCAGCAAAAAAUCCUCUCCGUGAGCGACCGCGUCCGAAAGCUGUGUAAGUGA